AUGAUAUCCGCCUGUAGUGCACCAACAACGUGUCCAUAUGUAUUAUACCAGAAAAGAAUUUUAAAGUCUGGGUGCCUCCUUUUCUUCCGCUUUCGCAACACUUUCAUCAUCAGUUUUUUUUUUUUUCAUUUCUUUUUCACCGUCGUCUCUUUCUUCCUUUUCCUUUUCUUUCUUUUCUUUUAUCAUCAUUUUCUGCCCCUGUUUCUCUUUCGAUAUCUUUUUCGUUUUCGUCAUAUCUUUAUUUUUCUCUCUUUUCUUUCUCUUUCUUCGUCGAAUCUGAUUCUUCUCUUCUUUCUUCUCUUUCUUCAACUCUUCUUUCUUCUCUUUCCUCAACACACCCUUUUUCUCCUUCUUCACUUCUUCCUUCUCUUUUCUCAACUCUUUCUUUUUCUCUUCUUUCAACUCUUUCUUCUUCGAUUUCCUCAAUUCUCUUUCUUCCUCUCUUUUUCUUCUUUUCCUCAAAUCUUCUCUUUCUUUUUCUUCUUCUCCUCAACUCUUCCAUUUUUCUUUCCUCCAUUCUUUCUUUUUUUUUUCUUUCCUUUCACUUUUCUUCAACCUUUCUUCCUCAACUGUUUCUUCUUCUCUUUCCUCCACUCUUUUUUCUUCUUUUUCCUCAACUCCCCCUUCUUCUCUUUCCUCAACAUUUUCUUCUUCUCUUUCUUCAUUUCUCCCUUUUUCUCUUUCCUCCAUUCUUUCUUUUUCUGUUUUUUCAACACUUUCUCCUUCGAUUUCAUCAACUCUUUCUUCUUCUCUUUCUUCAACUCUUCCUUUUUCUCUUUUCUCAACUCUUCCAUCUUUUCUUUCCUCCACUCUUUCUUCUCCUCUACUGUUUCUUCUUCGCUUUUCUAUUCCUUCUCCUCUUUCUUCAAUUCUUUCUUCUUCUUUUUAAUAUUUUUGCUUAGCAACUCUUUUCGAUUCUUCUCAUUUCUUCAACUCUUCCUUAAUCUUCUUCUUCCAGAUGCUUCUUCUUCUUCUUUAUCUUCUUCUUCUUUCUUCUUCUUUUCUUCAACAAUUUCUUCUUCAAGAAUCUUGGAGGAACCUCGACGCCUUCUUUGGCAAUUCUUUAUUUUUAUUUAUUAA